AGUGAAACUGCAGCGGUUUGAGCAGAUAACAGCGGUGAGCUGAGCCCUGAACGCCUCAAUGUGUCUGUAGAAAUACCUCCAGACCGCACCUGCCUCUACCUGCCGCUCCGCGCUCUUUAUGUCAGUUUAAAAUCAAUCCAUCCUGAGUGUUAAAAAAAAACAGCGUCUUAAAUAAAGUUUUGAAGAUGUUUUGCACCGCGCUGCUGCUGCUGCUUCUCGCCAGUUUGGGUUCGUUCGGUCCCGCUUCGGGCUCUCCCGCCGUGGAGGAGGCGUACAGGGCGGUGAUCAGCGUCGUGUCUCCGGGCCAGCAGCAUCUGACCGGGGAGUCCCUUCACUCCCUCUUUAAUACACUGGGGAACCGUGUGCAGUGCGGCGCAGUGCCGUGUGAAAAGUGUGACCUUACGCACGCCGUCCACCAGCUGUUCGACAACCACUCCAUCCAUCACGGCGAGGAUGAGGCCGGAAGAGGGGAGACGAAUGUGACCGUCAGCGUGGCUCAGUUCCCCGCUCUCGCUGCCGGAUCCGUCCUGUACCUCACAUCGCCCGAGCUGGUCUGCAACGCGUCAAAGCACGGGACGUGGGGAGACGAGACGGAGCAUUUCCUGCAUGACGUCACACACGGGGAACACCAUGAACACGGGCACGUAAAGAGCGAGCCUCACCAGGAACACAAUCACGAGCACAUAGAUGUUCACGGAUUAACGGUGGUGCUCCGGGAGCUCCAUCAUCACUACGAGCCUCUGAACAGUGAGAGCUGUCUCACAGCAAUUGACAUCAUGACAGAGGUGAAUGCAUCGUCACCAGACCAGAGACUGGAAGUGGGUGCUGUUUUGGGCCGCGUCCUGUAUCACGCCUUACAAGGCCGCUGCUUCGUCAGCCGGCCUCUGCCUGAGGAGAACUUCUUCCUGGACUACAUCAUGGACCGCCUGGGGUCGGAGAACUUCACUGUCGCAGAUCUGGAGGCUUUCAUGAAGAGUCUGAACCUCGGACCUACCUCAGAGGAGGAUCACGACCACGGACACGACCACGAUCACGGACACGAACACGGUCACCAUGAAGAUGAACAUGCUGAACACGAUCACAGUGGCUUAAGACGCAGAGGGAGGAGCGGCCACGAACAUCACGAGGUGCAUGAAGGGAACACCACCUGGGAUCAGUCUUGUUUCUCAGCUGAGGAUCUGCUCCUGAUCUACAGCCUGCCAGACAACAGCUCCUCCGGCCUGGGUCGGUCCGACGUGGCUCGGCUCAGCCCUGCGCUGGUCCAGCAGAUCCUGAGCGGCGCCUGCGCUGACGUCACUACACCACCGACACCAGAUCAGCUCAGCACGAUGGAGAGAUACAUCUAUGCAACCGUUGCCAACGUGGUGAUAACUCUGACGUCCAUGUUUGGCAUCGUGCUGCUGCUGUGCACGUCCUGUACCAGCGUGUUCCAGCUCUGCAUCCAGUUCUGCAUCAGCAUGGCUGUCGGAUCACUGACUGGAGACGCGUUACUGCACCUGCUGCCCAUGUUCCUAGGUUUGCACGUGCACUCGGGCGAAACCAGCGACCACAGUCACUCCCACGAGGGAGAGCUUCCAGACUACGUCUCCAAGAUGUUGGUGUUGAUGGCCGGGAUCUACUACUUCUAUCUGAUGGAAACGAUCUUCUCUCUGAUCACGUAUAAAAAAAAUCAUCACCAUCAUCAACAUCAUCACGGGGAGGAUUCGGAGCCUCACCACUGUGACCAUGGGAGGGUUUUGGAGUUGUUUCAGCAGGAAAGGAAACGAAAAGACAAGUCGGCAUCUAAAUCAGACCUGGUCGGUGACAGUGAGAAAUCUCUCUCGGAGCCAAAAGAGCGCACCAGAGAGCAGCGUCUGCUGCCUUACAUGAUAACUCUCGGGGACGGGAUCCACAACUUUGCAGACGGCUUAGCGAUGGGUGCUGCGUUCUCCCUGUCGUGGAAGUCUGGCCUGGCCACAUCACUCGCUGUACUCUGCCAUGAACUACCUCAUGAACUGGGGGAUUUUGCCAUUUUGCUCCACAGCGGCGUGUCAGUCCGCAAGGCGUUGCUGUUAAACGUCGGCAGCGCCAUGACCUCGUUUGUCGGCCUGUACAUCGCUCUGUCUGUGGCCACCGACGUCGCCACCCAACAGUGGAUAGCUGCUGUUACUGCAGGGCUCUUCCUUUAUGUGGGACUGGCUGAUAUGCUCCCCACCAUGGUCCACAUCAGCAACAAGAGACCCUGGCUGAUGUUCCUGCUGCAGAAUACCGGCCUUCUGACCGGCUGGGGUAUCCUGCUGCUGCUGUCACUUUAUGAGGAAAAAAUCGCUUUCUGAGAGUGAAGACACACAGCCGUUCAGAUCUGUGGGUUCAUUCUGCCUCUGGUUUAAUCCAUGACUGGGUGUUUGUCUGAGUUGAAGAGUGAGCAUGCGUCAGUAGCAAGUCCAGUCAUAUAUGAUCAUUUUUUUCUUUGUCACUUAAAUGCCUUGAACUCCAAAAGACUAUUGUUUGACCAUGUUUCAAAUAUUUAUGAGUGUCCCACCUGUGAACACAGUAGCAUGUAAUAUAUUAACACUAACAUUAUUAUUAUUGUGCCACAAACUACAAGCUGAUGAGCAGAAAAUGACACCUCUCUGACAGUCUAAACUGAGUAAUGAGUUGUAGUUUAUAAAAAAGAUUUAAAGGUUGGAUUGCGUGUAGACGGGAGAACCUAAUAAAAUGAAAUCUCAGUCUGCAUGUCAGCGUUUUUAAGACAAAAAAAAAAAAAGGUUGAAAAAUAUCAGCCAAUUUUUACAAAUGAUGAGAUUCGUCGCCACCCUUUUACGAUCCAUUAUGUAGCCCUUCACACACACACACACACACGCACAUGUGCACGCAUCAUACUCACUCAGCACUUUGUACUGACACACUAUCGGUGACGGACGGUUCAAGUUCACCGUGACCGCAGUAAAAGUGUCGAAGUGUAAAAGUGAUUUUCUUCUUGUUGUCAUUUUUCAGCACUGAUAAGUGUGUGGUUGUGUGUGUGUGUGUGUGUGUGUGUGUGUGUGUGUGUGCGUGUGUGUGUCUUUGUGUGUGACAAGUGUGGUUUUGUUCCCCUGUGAUUUACAUGGAUUGCAUGUAACACAGCUUUGUACAGAGUUGUUUCAUUGUGCUUUUUAUUCAAAGUGUCUGUCGAUGAGUAAGAGACGCACAGAGAUGUGUUAAAGAGAAGGUGAUACGGUUUGAAUUUUACAGUAUUUGCUGCACAGAUUAUGAUAAAGCUUAAUGUAUAAAAGUGUCUGAAUAUAUGUUGGUGCAUGUUUGUUUUGUAUUUUGUCCUGUUUUGAAAAUUAAAACUCUUUCAGAACCCUUCA